AUGGGACCAAAGGUCAUGGUCACCACAGCAGACCCCUUUGAGGAGGCCACCAAUUCAGGAGAUGGCAACACAGGCAGCACUGAGAUGGGUGACCCUGAGGCCAUGGACCUCAGCUCAUACCAGCAAUCCAUGGACCCCAAUCAUGAAGAGGAGGAGCAUGAUGAUGGUGACGAUGAGGGAAAUGUCAGUGGGUCUCAGAUUCUUUCAUUAGUAUCUAUUGGUACACACAAUCUGGGUGUGGUCGAAGCUUCAGUGGCCAACACUGCUGACUAUGACCUCAUCCUGGGGUUCACUGAGCUACAGAGGCUCAAACCCACCAUACAAUGGGAUAUGGGCCAGCUGGAGUUCAAGACUCAGGAGCAGGACCGACCCCCGAGGAGACCCCCUGAAGCAGCAAGAGCAGAGGACCUAACCAUGAGGAGACCAACCCUUCAUGGAAAUGAGUUUGUCUCAGCAGAGCACAUACUACAAGCAGCUCUGGAAGAUGGACCCAUAGGGUUCAUGCUGUUGGAGGAGCCACCAUCAUCACUCCCAGCCUUUGGUUUUGUACCUACAGGCGCAGACAAAGGAGUAGAGAUGGAGGUAGAGGUGGACAAGGUGGUGAUGGCCGCAGACAAAGGAGUAGAGAUGGAGGUAGAGGUGGACAAGGUGGUGAUGGCCACAGACAUACCAAAGCCAUACCAACACCUGCGAGAUGUGUUCGAUGAAGUGGAAGCAGACAAGCUGCCCCAUCAUACCAAGCAUGAUCUCCACCUCAAGUUGAUAGAAGGAGGAAAACCACCUCAAGGGCCCCUGUACCUUAAGGGACCCAAGGAGAUGUCCGAGUUGAGGAGGUACUUGGAUGAGAACCUCGAGAAGGGGUUCAUAAGACCAUUGAAGAACCCAGUGUCAGGGGUCUCGCGCCUGAAACCCAGGUCGGUCCGUCGAGAUACUUGGUGA